AUGAGCGCGGAGGAUACCAAGGCCAUCGACACCGUGGAUGAAGAAGAUGAUGACGAGUACGACGAUGAAGAGUUCGAGGAGGACUACGACGACAUCGACUACGAGUACGACGAGGACGAGGAGGGCGAAGACAGGCAGCAGGCACUCUGCAAGGCGAGGUUCCUCAAGGGCAGCCCGAAGAAGUACCGCCGCGUGCUGUGGCAGAUCCGCGGCAGGUCCUACCGCGAGGCGCUCAUGCUGCUCGAGUUCUUGCCGUGGCGCACGUGCAAACCAGUCCUCAAGUGCCUGCAGUCGGCAGCGGCAAACGCCCAGAACACAUACAACAUGGACAAGUCUCGCCUGUACAUCAGCCGCUGCCAGGCCUACAAGGGCCCUUACAGCAAGCGCAUGAGGAUCGAGUCGAAGGGCAUGGCGCAGAUGUACAAGAGAUGGACCACGCACCUCCACAUCUACGUGGCCGAGCUGAGGGACGAGGAGCUGGAGGACUUCGCGUAA